AAGAGAUUAACUCUGCUAAACUGCGUUUAGAUUUACUACAAAAAAAUACAAAUAUUAAUGAUAAUAAGUUCAUGUCGUCUUGACCCUAAAAUUACAAUACCGUACUUUGUUAUCCAAACAUAAUCUAGCUUAGCCUUUACAUAACACACAACAUAACUUAGCACGUCCUAAAAGUAGCCUUAUGUAGCAUGUCUACAGUCUAGAAAAUUGCGUCUACCUGCAGGGGCCAACAUAUGCUUUUCUAUAGUAUUUUUCGUUCAACCACUUGGGCUGGAUGGUAGAGCAACGGUCUCGCUUCAUGCAGGAAACCCAGUUGCUCAAGAUUUCUAUAAAUCAUGUUCAAGUUCAACUUCAAUGUGGAACCUAAGGAUAAGAUUGAGUCAUCUGUGUCUCCUGAACCAGUGUCGGAUUCUGAACAAUGGUUGCCUGCACAAAAACAUGAAGUUAACUCCACACAUUUUCAGUCAUUAUCUGAAGACACUAUUGUUGAAGAAGUUACAAUUGGACAAACCAAAAUUAGGUACUUGAGUAUGACUGCUGCUAUGCAAAAAAUGGAAGAAAAAGAACUUUCCAGCUAUAUUUUACCAGCAUUUAAAGAUCACACUGAUCUUGUUCCUGCAAUUUAUGAAGGAGGCCUUAAAGUGUGGGAGUGCACUUGGGACCUUCUUCAUUUCCUUGAAGCCUCAGACAUCAAGUUAAAGAGACGUAGAGUCUUGGAGUUGGGCUGUGGUGCUGCCUUACCAGCACUGUACACUGCCCUACAAGGUGCACACGUCACUCUUCAGGACUAUAAUGAAGAGGUUGUUAAUUUCAUCACUAUACCAAAUGUUGCACUAAACCUUGCAAACUACUCCUUUGUUGAUAAUGGAAAUAUUCUAACAGAAGAUAUUAGCGCUUCACAAGAAACUGUUACGGAAAUUCAAUCGAAAGCCUCCUUUUACUCUGGUGACUGGGGUGAGCUAGACAAACUACUGCUAAAUAUUCGAAACAAUGAACAGUACAGCAAAGACAACCUUAACAGUGACAAGAGCAAGACAACCAUGCAGAAUUAUGAAGAGUGUCAAGAGUUUAAAUUUGAUAUAAUUUUAACAUCAGAAACUAUCUAUAAUCCAGAAUGCCAUCAGAGGUUGCUAACACUUAUGACCAAUUGCCUAAAACAGGAUGGUGUUAUACUACUGGCUGCCAAGAGUUAUUACUUUGGUGUUGGUGGAGGUACAUUACAGUUUGCUGAUGUUGUCAAGAGCCAAGGCAAACUGGACAUCCUGACACACAUUACCAACAACGAAGGUGUCAAGAGAGAAAUACUUGAAAUGAAAUUCAAGAAUGUCCAAUAAAAGUACGACAAAGA